CUGCUGAUGUAGUGCGGCAACCUGGCUUUCCAUUUACUCUCAUCUUCGCCAGUUACCACGACCUCUUUUUUCGGAUACCUACAUCCGGGAGAAGGAAAGAUGCGAGGAAAACGUGCGGGAUUAUGAGUGGGACUCGGAUCAGGUCGGCUUCUCAUCUGUUCCCCUCCGCUCGCCCAUGUUGUAUAUGAUAUCAUGUCGUCCUUCUCAUAUUUGCGAUCAGGAGGAGUUGAAGUGAUGAUGCCGGAUCAGAGGCUGGUGGAGCAGGAACGAAAGAGAAGGGAAGUGCGCUCAGAGGGACCGCCGCUCAACAUUCGUGAACCAAUGUCCGAUGAGGAGAAAGCGAUGAGUGGUCCAAAUUAUCAAGCAAUUGCAGGGCAAUACAUGGGAUCUAAGACCCUAAUUGCGAUAUACUAUCUUUGUCUUGCGAACUGCUCCAGUCGUAUAAUACGGCUAGAUAUGUUCUCAAAACGUCUCACAUCUGCCCACCCCUUUCGACAUUAUCCCUCACGAUUUCACAUCAAAGGUCAGCCACUGUCCACCUUUCUCCUCAGUUACCUGGAUCUUAAACAUUCGCCUAUGGUCGUUUCUACCACUCGAGAAACGAUGAAUCAGUUUUGCGAACGACACAACAUGACAAGCGCCAUCAUUAACCAUGCAAGCAUAAAAACAUUGUGUCUAUUGGGUUCUGCUGAUGUAAGAAGGGCCGCUUUCCGGCUGAUGGAUGACCUAUUGAAACACAUCAUCGAUAAUUCCAGUCUGGUUGCCUCAGUUGGAAUGAGUUCAAAGUGGGCAGGAUGAUUUUUAAGGAAUAGGCUGCCAGAUCGCAUCUGCAUGCAUUGGUAUUGAAUAUACGGCUGGGAAUAGGAUUGGGUUGAAACUGGAUAAGUAAUUAGUUAUCUUAAAUAUUAGUCAAUCGAUGAAAUCGAUGAUGAAUUU